CGGAAGCCGGUGAGGGAGACUGCCGCCGGGACAACGCAACCCAACACUGUGCAAAAAGAUUUCGCAGCAACAUGAAAGAGUUUUGGAAGGAGCACUCCAAGGCCGCCACAGUUGAGGAGAUGAUGCUGGACUCUCGUGCCAAGGAGCUGACCCAGCAGGAGCUGCCUGAGAUCCUCUCCAUGCUGCCCUGCCUGGCUGGAUACAGAGUGCUGGAGCUGGGAGCGGGCAUCGGUCGUUACACCAGCCACCUGCUGACCAAGGCCAGCCAUGUGACGGCUGUGGACUUCAUGGAAAGCUUUGUGGAGAGGAACAGGCAGGAAAAUGGUCACCAUAGCAACGCUACCUUCAUCCAAGCUGACGUCACAAAGCUGGAUGUCCCUAAAAACAGCGUUGACUUCAUCUUCUCCAACUGGCUGCUGAUGUACCUGAGUGAUGAGGAGCUGCAGGUCUUCAUAGAGAAGAUGCUGGGCUGGCUGCGGCCUGGUGGCUUUCUUUUCUUCAGAGAGUCCUGCAACCACCGGUCAGGUGACUCCAAGAGGGACUUCAACCCCACCUGCUACCGAACUGACGCACAAUACAGCCACGUGGUGACAUCAGCACAGGUGGAAGGGUCACAGGGGGGCCAAAAGUUUGGAUUCGACAUUGUGUUGAAAAAGAAAGUUCGGGCGUAUAUUGAGAUGAAAAACAAUCCAAAUCAGAUCUGCUGGCUGCUGGAGAAGGUUCCUCGCUCCUCCAACACCGAGAACGGAUUCAACACCUUCCAGCAGUUCCUGGACAACCAGCAGUACACCAGCCGCGGUAUCCUGUGCUACGAGAAGAUGUUUGGGGCUGGCUACGUCAGCACAGGCGGACCCAGCACCACCAAGGAGUUUGUGGACCUGCUGAGCCUGAAGCCAGGACAGAAGGUGCUGGAUGUUGGCUGUGGCAUUGGUGGAGGAGACUUCUACAUGGCAAAGACCUUUGGAGUGGAAGUGCUUGGCCUGGACCUGUCAGACAACAUGGUGGACAUCGCCAUGGAGAGAGCGAUCACAGAGAAGCUGCCAUCGGUCCAGUUUGAGGUGGCUGAUGCCACUAAGAGGAUGUUCCCUGAAGGUUCCUUUGAUGUGAUCUACAGCAGAGACACAAUCCUGCACAUAGAUGACAAACUGGCCCUCUUCAAACGCUUCCAUUCGUGGUUAAAGCCAGGUGGCCAGUUGCUUAUCAGUGACUACUGCUGCGGGGAGAAGCCCUGGACACCAGUGUUUGAAACCUACGUCAAACAGAGAGGCUACAUCCUCUAUACACCCUCAGAGUAUGGCAAGUUCCUUGAAGAAGCUGGUUUCUGCAGCGUUAGGGCAGAAGACCGGACAGCACAGUUCAUCCAGGUGAUUGAGACAGAGCUGCAGAGAGCAGAGGCCAUCAAGGAUGAAUUCAUUGAGGAAUUCUCUGAAGAGGAUUACUUCGCAAUAGUGAACGGAUGGAGAGAAAAACUGGAGCGAUCCAAGAGCGGGGACCAACGAUGGGGACUCUUUUAUGCAACAAGGAAUUGAGUGAUUGUACUAAGAAUGGUGAAGAUGAUAAAUAAAAGAAAAAAGGAUGCUUCUUUCCUACUUUAAGUGAAGGACUGUCCAUGUGCCGAGUGAGCAAAUUAGAAAAAUAUCAACAUAUACAUUACAUACAUACAUCUGUACUGUAUAAAGUCAAACUUGUUAUUGCCUAUUUAAGUAUGCCAAUGAAAGGCUGUGCCACAACUUGUGUAUUUGGAGUGACAAAGAACAAUAAACAGAUUAGUCUGCAGUAAUAUUCCCAUAGCCUGCAGUAUGUCUGCCAGCAGACUCUAAAAAACUCGUCAGACUUGUAAUGCCAGUGACUGCAUAUACUUAUGAAACCCCUGAUCAGGAAGGCUGCCCCACAUGUCAUGCCUACUUAAAGAGAUUAUCAUGAAGUGUCAUUUCAUCUGCAUAAAUCUCUGUGACCCAUAAUUAAGACAUUCUUUCUGUUACAAACUUGAAUUCAAAAACAAUAAAAACACAC